CCCCCUGUUUUCCCGUCGAGUGAUGCACUUGGAAUGAGAAUCAGAGGAUGGAAAUAGUCUGGGAGGUGAUUUUUCUUCUUCAAGCCAAUUUCAUCGUCUGCAUAUCAGCUCAACAGAAUUCACCAAAAAUCCAUGAAGGCUGGUGGGCGUACAAGGAGGUGGUCCAGGGAAGCUUUGUUCCAGUUCCUUCUUUCUGGGGAUUGGUGAACUCAGCUUGGAACCUUUGCUCUGUGGGUAAACGGCAGUCGCCAGUCAACAUAGAGACCAGUCACAUGAUCUUCGACCCCUUUCUGACGCCCCUUCGCAUCAAUACUGGGGGCAGGAAGGUGAGCGGGACCAUGUACAACACUGGAAGACACGUGUCCCUGCGCCUGGACAAGGAGCACUUGGUUAACAUAUCAGGAGGGCCCAUGACAUACAGCCACCGGCUGGAGGAGAUCCGACUACACUUUGGGAGUGAGGACAGCCAAGGGUCGGAGCACCUCCUCAACGGACAAGCCUUCUCUGGGGAGGUGCAGCUCAUCCACUAUAACCAUGAGUUAUACACAAAUGUCACAGAAGCCGCAAAGAGCCCUAAUGGAUUGGUGGUAGUUUCUAUAUUUAUAAAAGUUUCGGAUUCAUCAAACCCAUUUCUUAAUCGAAUGCUCAACAGAGAUACUAUCACAAGAAUAACAUAUAAAAAUGAUGCAUAUUUACUACAGGGACUUAAUAUAGAGGAACUAUAUCCAGAGACCUCUAGUUUCAUUACUUAUGAUGGGUCAAUGACUAUCCCACCCUGCUAUGAGACAGCAAGUUGGAUAAUAAUGAACAAACCUGUGUACAUAACCAGGAUGCAGAUGCAUUCCUUACGCCUGCUCAGCCAGAAUCAGCCAUCUCAGAUCUUUCUGAGCAUGAGUGACAACUUCAGGCCUGUGCAGCCGCUCAAUAACCGCUGCAUCCGCACCAACAUCAACUUCAGUUUACAGGGGAAGGACUGUCCAAACAACCGAGCCCAGAAGCUUCAGUAUAGAGUAAAUGAAUGGCUCCUCAAGUAAGGAACGAGGCCAAGAAGAAUCUCAAGAAGAAAUGCUACAACUGUGAAUUGAUGUAACCUAGAUACCCCUUCUUUCUUCUCUCUCCUUCCCUCCCUCAAGCGUCAUCCACUCUUUGGAUUGGCCCUUUCUUCAUGAAAAGUGUCUGCAACACCAUGCCAGAGGAACACAUCUCUUAUACACACCCACCAACACACACACACAAGCACUCACACACACACAUGGACACACGCAAACGUAUCCACACACAGACACACUUACAUGGCCUCCAAGAUGGGAAGUCAAGUUUCAGAAAAAAAAAAACAGGCUCAUUCAUAAGAGGUCUUAGAAGAAAAUAACCAGUUAACCUGAUUACAAUUUUGAUACUGUUUUCCUGAACUAAUAAAUCUACCCAAUGAGACUUUUCAGCCUUUGUACAUACAAAAUUCUUCCAAAAGAGAGAGAGGAGGAAACACAGCUCCGACAGCAUCAAGUGGACUUUGUUCUUGGCAUCAAGUGAUCUCGGGUGGUGUCCUAGGAUCCUCUGAGGGUGCUGGUGACAGGUGAACCAGGACAAAGGUGGCCAAGGACACUUAUUUCUAGAUUAUGAUUCUUCUGUUUACUCAAAAAUUUAAAAAGAAAAGGACAGACAUUGAAGAGAUACACAUUGUAUAUAUAUCACUGCAGACUAUAAAGAAAUGGAAUUAUUUCCCCUCUUUGUCACAUAUCUGUAGUAGGAUUUGCCAAGAUCAGAAUCGAUCCAUUCACUGUUUCUUGUUUUCCAAAGGUCAUACAUUGUGUUUGGUUAUUGUUAACAGCUCAAUAAAUGUGUUUAACGAGUUCAUUUCAUUUUUCUGGCUUUAGUCUGUUCUCCUUCCUUACAGGCGAAGCCUCGCCUCCAUGCAACUGCAUUCUUUGAUUUCAAUUAUUCCUUCAUCUACCUGUUCCGUUCGUUUGCAGCCAGUUUUUACUGAGUUUGUGGCAAUCAGGAAUGCAUUUGCUAAGCAAGUAUAACUUUAAUUCCACUCCAUGGCUCGAUCAUUCAUACAAGGUGAGCUUCAGCCUGAGAUAGCAGGCGACAGAUUUCUUGCGUUUCAAAACUGCCAUCCCCCCUGUGAUGUUCCCUUGAAGGAAUGCACUUUGCCUUGUAAAUUCCUGGGAAGGGGGUGUCUUUUCUCUCCAGGUGCAGCCGGAUCUCACAAAAUACAAACGAAUGCCUUUCUUUCCUUGUUUAUAAUGGUCACUCACUGUGUUUGGUUACUGUCAAGAAAUCAAUAAAUGUGUUUAACAAGUUA